GUGUGUGUCAGGAAAAGGGUGUGACAAUUCGUCUGUUUCUCACCCUCCCUUCCGGAAACUGGAAGAUUAACUCACAUCACGACUGUGCUCACCUACUGCUGGGCUAUGUUUCUCGGAUUCUAACAACCAUAACAAAUCCGGCUAUUUUACCACAAUAAGGACAACCUGCCUCUGGAGCCUUCACUAUAAGCACUUCGGUACCUGCUAAGCCAACUGGGAAUUGCCAUGGUGUUGGUUACAGAUGUUUCCAGUGAUCUCACCCCAGAGGAGCAGCAAGAAUUGAAAAACAUUCAGCGCAGAAAGCAGGAAUUGCUUGCUGACAUCCAGCGACUGAAAGAAGAGAUAGCAGAGGUUACAAAUGAAAUUGAAAACUUGGGGUCAACAGAGGAAAGGAAGAACCUACAAAAGAGCAAGCAAGUAGCUAUGGGAAGGAAGAAAUUUAAUAUGGAUCCUAAAAAGGGAAUACAGUUCCUGAUUGAAAAUGAUCUGCUGAAGAACACAUGUGAAAACAUUGCUCAGUUUUUGUACAAAGGUGAAGGUCUCAACAAGACAGCCAUUGGCGACUACCUUGGAGAACGUCAGUUCCUGUGGAGUUUCCGUUUACCCGGAGAGGCUCAGAAAAUCGAUCGUAUGAUGGAGGCCUUUGCACAACGUUACUGUCAAUGCAACCCCGGGGUCUUUGAGUCUACUGACACCUGCUACAUUCUAUCCUUUGCCAUAAUUAUGCUCAACACCAGCCUGCACAAUCCCAACGUCAAGGACAAACCCAGCGUAGAAAGAUUCAUCGCCAUGAACCGAGGCAUUAACAAUGGAGGGGAUCUGUCUGAGGACCUGCUGAGGAACUUGUAUGAUAGUAUAAAGCAUGAACCAUUUAAGAUUCCAGAGGAUGAUGGAAAUGACCUUACGCACACUUUCUUCAACCCAGAUCGAGAAGGAUGGCUUCUAAAAUUAGGAGGGGGUCGCGUUAAGACGUGGAAAAGACGUUGGUUCAUUUUGACCGACAAUUGUCUCUACUACUUUGAAUACACAACGGACAAGGAACCUCGUGGGAUCAUUCCUUUGGAAAACCUUAGCAUUCGGGAGGUAGAAGAUUCCAAGAAAAUGAACUGCUUUGAGCUUUAUAUCCCGGAUAACAAGGAUCAGGUCAUCAAGGCAUGCAAAACUGAAGCAGAUGGCCGCGUGGUGGAAGGAAACCACACAGUAUAUCGAAUCUCUGCUGCUUCUUGUGAAGAAAAGGAUGAAUGGAUGAAAUGCAUCAGGGCUGCUAUAAGCAGAGAUCCAUUUUAUGAGAUGCUCGCUGCUCGAAAGAAGAAAGUCUCCUCCAUCAAGAGGACUUAAAAAAAGAAAAGAAGAAUAAUUUUCAAAAAAAGGGAAUUUUUUUUGGCAUUUAGGUCUCCAGAAAUCUUCAUCUAUACAUGGAGAAGCAUACAUUCAAUGAUCUCACUAUACAAGCAUCCUUUGCUGUAGCAUGUGCCCUGCUAGAAAUAUAUGCAUUCGAAGAUGCACUUGUUUUUUAUGGGUACAGGUAUGGGAUCUAUUUGACAGAAUGACUUUCUGGAUAAGGGGGAUCACCUUGCCUAAGAUCUUCCUUAAAAUUACACAUUAGCCAAAACCAUGGUAACCAGCCCUUUUAGUGGAGACACGGUUACAAUUGUUUUCCCAGCAACAUGGAUCUAGGCUAGAUUAGGUAACCUAAAGUACGGUACGAGGUAUUGUAAUAUUACUCUGAAAAGCCAAAUAAGUCAAUACAUGUUUAUUUAAAAAGGACACUCAGGGAAAUUAUGUUGGCAAUUAGUGAUGGGUGAAUCUGUCUCAUUUCACUUCACCAAAAAAUUAACGAAAUGGAAAAAAUUAGCAAAACGCAUUGAAGUCAAUAGUCAUUUUUCGCAGCUACACAGCAACUUUUUUUUUUUAUUCCAUCAGACUGUAAGGGUUUUUUUUUUGGAGCAACACCCAUUGAAAAAUGUUGAUACUCUUUGGGGUACUCUUUGGAAUAUAUUUUUUUGUAUUGCUUUAUGCCAACUGGACCUGCACAUUUUUCUUACUUCCUUUUAAGCACCUAUAGCAAAUAUAGGGCUGUGCAUUUAGACACAGUGCUUAUUUCUGCCAGGUUAUUCUGCACUUUUUAUAUUAAUGUGUAUUAUGUAUUUAAAGAUAAUGAGAAUAUUUUUGCUUUUA